CUGGGGCACUGGGAAGUGGUGAGACGCCAGGGUCACCCUCCAGCUCAUGGGCAGGCAGGGCUGCUUGUGGACUGGGGGGUGCUGUGUGGAGAGUUUGGGCAGCAGGUGGUGGGCGGGAUCGGAGACAAUCCUCCAAGUGGCGGGGAUGGGGGUCCGUGGUUCUCACCCGGUCUCACCAGUACAGCUGUGCUGGGAAGGAGUUAACAGCGGCACAAGAUCCCACCCUGGCCCCGCUCCCUUCCUAUGCAGCAGCCAGGCCCCCUCCUGGCUUUUCCUCCUUCCUGAGCAUUGUGACAGGACGUAGGUGUAAGUGAGGGGCAGGGGCUCGGCCGGGCUGCGGGGUCUCCAGAUGCUGGGAAGUGCGGCACCCCAGUGCCUGGGGAACAUGGGCACCCUGCGGAGGGUCCCGCUCGGCACCAGGACCAGGUGGCAGCCCAUGUCCAGUACCAUCCGACAUCUCCAAGAAGGCACCAUGGAGGCAUCUGGCAGGACCCCCACCAGCCCAACCCACAGAGUCCAGACUGUCAUCCAGAGCAGCCCCCUGGACCUGAUUGACACGGGCAAGGGGCUGAAAGUGCAGACGGAGAAGCCACAUUUGGUGAGCCUAGGCAGCGGUCGCCUCAGCACUGCCAUCACACUCCUGCCCCUGGAGGAAGGGAGGACCACCAUCGGCACGGCUGCGACAGACAUCGUCCUGCAGGGCCCCGGGCUGGCGCCCCAGCACUGCUACAUCGAGAACGUGCGAGGGACACUCACCCUGCAUCCCUGUGGCAACGCCUGCACCAUCGACGGCGUGCCACUCCAGCGGCCCAUGCACCUCACCCAAGGGUGCACCAUCUGCCUGGGCCAGGCCACCUUCCUCCGCUUCAACCACCCUGCUGAAGCCAAGUGGAUUAAGAGCAUGAUCCCAGCGGGGAGCAGAAGCCCAUCGGCUCUCUAUGGGCUACCAGGAAAAUCCGAGGCCCUGGUGAAUGGUGGCCGCCAGCUGUCGGAGCGUGGGUGUCACAGCCACAGCUCCCUUGUCAGCUCCAUCGAGAAGGACCUGCAGGACAUCAUGGACUCGCUGGUGCUGGAGGAGUCUGCAUCCCCGGGCAUCCAGAAGCCGCCUGCCUGUGGCCGAUCCCCCCUCUCCCCUGUGCUGAAUGGGGGUGGGCGCUGCCUCCUGUCCCCUCCACCCAGCCCUGGGGCCGCCUCAGGGGGCUCCAGCUAUGAGAACUUCUCUCCCCUCUCCUCCCCAGCCAGCAGCAGUAGCUACACCAGCCACUCACUCAGCAGCCAAGAGCAGGGCCCAGCCGUUCCGCCCCCGCUCCCACUUCGCUCCUCCAGCUACAACCACACUGUCCAGCCACCCACUCUGCCUGCUGGGGGUUCUAGUGAGCCUUGGCCAGCUGACAGGCUCAGGGACCACCGGGUGGGCAGCCCCCGGCUGGCGCCCAGGUCGGUGCCGCGGCCGCGGGUGGCCCUGCAGGAGCGGCCCCCCAGUCCCUUCCGGGAGCCACGGGACCCUCUGGCCCCCGGCCGGCAUCCCGGCAGCAGGGCAGUCCCAGAGGCGCUGCUGCAGCCUCCCGAGAGCCCACGGGUGGCCCGGAGGAAUAUGGAGAGCAUGCGGGAGCUGCCUCCCCUGAGUCCCUCCUUGUCACGCCGGGCUGCCAGCCCCCGGGUGACCCCUGACACCCCCUCCCCACAGCCCCGGCUGGGCAGGGAAGUGCCUGGCAGCCCCCGUGCCAGGCGCAAGGGCCCGGAGGAAUCGAAAGGGGCCGGGGGUCCCUCACCCCCGGCACUGGCAGAGAACCCCACGCCCCGUCCCAGUUUCGGUACUUGCCUGAGCCCAGCAUACGGGCUGGGCUCCCCAGCUGUGCCCUCGCCCCGGCAGAGCCCCCGCUCCCCCAGGAAGCCUUUGGGGGACCCACGGCUGCCAGCGGGGCCCCGGGAGCGCAAGAACAGCAUCACUGAGAUCAGUGACAACGAGGACGAGUUGCUGGAGUACCAUCGGCGGCAGCGGCAGGAGCGGGUUCGGGAGCAGGAGAUGGAGCGCCUGGAGCGGCAGCGCCUGGAAACCAUCCUGAACCUCUGUGCUGAGUACACCAAGACAGAUGGCAUGGAGCCAGGUGAUGUGCACAGGCUCCUGGCUGGUGACACAGAUGCUGGCAAGUGGGUGCCCAGGGGUGCCAUGGCCCUGGACCAUUCUGUCGAAGAGCUGCAGCAGAGGGAGAGCCUGGAGAGAUCAGAUGAGGAGAACCUGAAGGAGGAGUGCAGCAGCACUGAGAGUACCCACCAUGAGCACGAGAAGCUGACAGGCCCCCGGGCCAAGGAGGCGCAACGGCUGGAGGAGGAGCGUACCAGUGUCCUCGGACACCUGGACCAGCUGAAGGGCCGUGUCAAGGAGCUGGAGCAGCAGCUGCAGGAGACAUCGCGAGAGGCAGAGAUGGAGCGGGCGCUGCUGCAGGGUGAGCGGGAGUCGGAGGUGCUGCGGCUGCGGCAGGAGGAGGAAGCCGUGCAGCAGCUGCAGGAGAAGCUCUCCAGCCUGGACGCCAGCAUUCGCAAGGAGCGGGACAAGGAAAGGGCAAAGGUUGAUGCUGAAAGGAAGGAGCUAGAGCAACUCCAGGCGCUUUACCAUGAGUCGAAGAGCCACCUUGAUAAGUGCCCCGAGUCAAUGCGGGAGCAAUUGCAGGAGCAGAUGCGAAGGGAGGCAGAGGCACUGGAGACGGAGGCCAAGCUGUUUGAGGACCUGGAGUUCCAGCAGCUGGAGCGAGAGAGCCACCUAGAAGAGGAGCGCGAGGCUCGGGGGCAGCAGCUGCUGCAGAGCCGGGCGGAGUGCCACCGCAGCAUCGCCCGCAGGAAGGAGCGGGUGGCUGCCCUGGAUGCCCAAGCUGCCCAGAUUCGGCUGCAGAGUGCCCAGGAGGCCGAGCGCCUGGCCAGGGAGCGCAGCAGCGUCCUGCAGCUCCUGCAGAAGGAGAAGGAGAAGCUCAUGUCUCUGGAGAGGCGAUACCAGCUCGUCACAGGUGGCAGGAGCUUCCCUAAAAUGUCCUCGGCUCUCCGAGAGGAGACCCUCCACAUCUCAGAACCUUAUGAGCUGUUGGAGGGAACUAAGCCCCUGAGCCCCCUGCCAGCAGCAGCUGCCUCCUUAGCUUCUCCUGCCACCUACUCCUACCCCAAGGCACAAGAGGAGUACAUGAGGCUGUCUGACGUUUUCAGGUUCUGCAGUAAUGCACAUGGCCCCAGCCUGGACGCUAAAGCUUCUGCUGCUGCCCCUGCUGCCGCUCAGCGCUCUUUCUUGCUUGCUGUAGCUCCCACAGCCGACGAGUAUGUGACCAUUGAGCAACUCUCGGGUAUCCUGGGCAGCCUCCACACCCCUGCUGCUUCCCUGCUGGGCUGUACCACUCUGGCUCCUUCAUCCUCAGGCUGUGCUCCUCCUCUUCCAUCUCUCCCUUCUCCCUUCAUCUCUGUAGAGAUGGAGCAGCAGCUGUUGGGAGGCCCUGUAUGUCUCCCAGCUCUUGAUUUAGAGAAGUGGUACCAGGAGGUUAUGGCUGGCUUUGAGAUCUCCUCUUCCUCUGUCUCUCCUCCUUCUUCCCCUCCUCCACUUCCAGCUAAAGCUCACUCCUCUCACAAGGCUCUCCAGCUCUAUCGUGCAAAAACAGAAGGUGGUGCUGGUGUCCUCAGCCCUCGGAUGAAGAGUGGGACCCCUUCGUCCUCGCAGCUCAACCUCUCUGUACUGGAGCGCAGCCCCUCACCCAAGGGCCCCCCAAGCCCAGCGGGCAGCCUGUCCCGUAACCUGGUGGCCACGCUGCAGGACAUCGAGACCAAGCGCCAGCUGGCCCUGCAGCAGAAGGCCAAGCUGCUCCCAGCAGAGCCCUUGCAGCCGGGCAAUCUAUCAGGUCGGCAGGUGAUUGAGGAGCAGAAACGGCGGCUGGCAGAGCUGAAGCAGAAAGCGGCUGCUGAGGCGCAGUCGCAGUGGGAAGCCCUACAUGGGCAGCCCCCCUUCCCCACUGCCUUCCCCCGGCUCGUGCACCACUCCAUCCUCCACCACCACCGUCCCCAUGGUGCCGGGCCCCGGGCCGAGGAGCUGGACCAUGCGUACGACACACUCAGCCUGGAGAGCUCAGACAGCAUGGAGACCAGCAUUUCCAUCGGCAACAACUCUGCCUGCUCGCCUGAUAACAUCUCCAGUGCCAGCGGGAUGGAGACGGGGAAGAUUGAGGAGAUGGAGAAGAUGCUGAAGGAGGCACAUGAGGAGAAGUCGCGGUUGAUGGAGUCGCGGGAGCGGGAGAUGGAGCUGCGUCAGCAGGCGCUGGAGGAUGAGCGCUGGCGCCGGGAGCAGCUGGAACGCCGGCUGCAGGACGAGACUGUGCGGCGGCAGAAGCUGGUGGAGAAGGAAGUCAAAUUGCGGGAGAAGCACUUCUCACAGGCUCGUCCCCUGACACGGUACCUCCCCAUCCGCAAGGAGGAUUUCAACCUGCGGCUGCACAUCGAGUCCUCAGGCCACAACGUUGACACCUGCUACCACAUCAUCCUGACAGAGAAGAUGUGCAAGGGCUACCUGGUGAAGAUGGGUGGGAAGAUCAAAUCUUGGAAGAAGCGUUGGUUUGUCUUUGACCGCAUGAAGCGCACCCUCUCGUACUAUGUGGAUAAACAUGAGACAAAGCUGAAGGGUGUUAUCUACUUCCAAGCCAUUGAAGAGGUUUACUAUGACCACCUCCGCAGUGCUGCAAAGAGCCCCAACCCUCCGCUCACUUUCUGUGUCAAGACCCAUGACCGACUGUACUACAUGGUGGCACCAUCAGCCGAGGCCAUGCGCAUCUGGAUGGACGUCAUUGUCACGGGGGCAGAGGGCUAUACCCAGUUCAUGAACUGAGGGGGGUGCUGUGCACCCCAGAUCCACCAGCUGGAUGGACUUCUGAGCACGCCAAGCAGCGAGGAGCUCCUGAGGGGACCACGGUCCCUGCUCCGCCCUAUGCCAAGGGCUGUGCGCACCAAGGUCACGGACCUGCAUUGGGCCCCGCUGGGUGGUGCUGAGCAUUGCCUGUUCAGGCAAGGGAAUAAGUUUUUUUAUGUUGAUUUUUUAAAAACAAACUUUAUUGGAACAAUAUCAAAGUGCUGAAAUGUAAAAAGCUGCCGAAGAGCUGCCGGGGCCCGAGCUCUCUGCCUUAGGGCGGUGCUAGUUUUGAAGCUGAUGCUGCCAUAGUGAGGCCAUGCGGUGCCACCACCUGGCCACCGUCCCACUGUGGUAGACUCGGACCCGUCUUUGUAAACCUUUUGUAAUUUCGGAUCAUUGUCCCCUCUGUGCCAGGGCCAGAUGGGGACUGCCCAGUCAUAAAGCAUUUCGUGAACCAGG